UUGCAAGAUUUAUUAUCAACAGCAUUUGAUGAUUUAAUUGAUGAUGAUGAUGAUGAUGCCAGUGAAUUUAUUGAUGAUUCUGAGUAUGCAAAACCAAAUCAAAAUUUUGAUGAUGAUGAUACGUGGAUUUUAAACAACCAAAUGAAGGAUCAUACAAACAUGAAACAGCCAUUUAAUUACUGGGUACCUAAUAUGGAAGGUAAAACAUCAACACCAAGAUUUGAAGAGGAAAAUAAUAAUUUUGAAAAUAAUAAGUUAUCUUCUCAUUUUUCUGAGCAAUUUGGUGAUAAUGAAAUACCAGUCAGAAAAAAAUAUAAUGAAAUGCUUGAAAAUGCAAGUCCUUUUUAUUCAGAAAGUUCAUCUAAUGAAUUACAACAAAUAAAUAAUAAUGAUGAAUUUUUAGAAGUACAAAGCAUUCCAAAUAAAUAUAUUGAAGACAUCAGAAUUUUAAAUGAUAAUACUUCUGAAGAAGUAGGAAAAAAUACAGGUGUAAGAGCUGAAACUGAUUACAAUGAAAGAACAUUAUUGGAACAAGAAAACAAACAUACACAGAAUGCAUCUGAUAUUUAUAAUGAUGAAAAACUUCAACUUGAAAUUCUUUACAAUGCUCGGGGUCGAGAAAUAAAAAAACUUAAUAAUGAAUUAGAUAAAAUUAAAGAAGAAAAUUCAAGAGAAAUUCAUAUUUUGAAACAUCAACUUACUGUUACACAAGGAGAUUUGGAGAAUAUUGCUUUGAGUAUGACAAAGGCUCGUGAAACUCUUGCAUUGAAAGAAGAAGAAAAUUCAUUGUUAAAAGGACAGAUAAAAGCUUUAGAAAUACAGUUGAAUUAUGAAAAAGAAGCUAAGGAGGAGAUAAUAAAAAAAUUACAUGUAACCGAAGCAACAAUUUCAUCUUUACAAAAGCAAAUAUCAGAACUCAGUCAGUCAGAAAAUCUAGUUAGAACUAGAGAGCAAUAUGAAUCUGUUAUAAGAAGCAUGAAAAGCAAUCAUCAGGAAGAAAUAUUAAUGUUACAGACAGAAAAUGAUAAAUAUAAACAUGAAUUAGAUGAAAAGAAAGAAGAAAAUGAACUUUUACAGAAGGAUUUGUUGCACCAUGCUGAAAUGCUUCAAGAAUUAAAAUUAGAAAAAGUUGAAACAAUUAAUAGAUUGACUAAAAGUUUAGAAACAAGUCAACGACAAUGUCAAGAAUUACUUGAAACAGGUACAUUUCAAGAAACUAGUAAUUUGAAGGCUCAACUUAAAGAAUUAAAACUUUCAAAGUGUGAAGCUGAAAACUAUUUAAAAAUGUUGGAAGCAGAAAUGAAAAGUUUAAAAUCAGAAUUAGAAAAUUAUGAAAAUAUAUGGAAACUUGAAAUAUUUGAAAAUUCUAAAAUUACAGAAAUGAAUGAUUCAAUUGAACAGUUGGGUCUCAGGAAACAAGAUAGAUAUCAAAAUGUGGAUGAUGUAACAAGUUCGCUAAAAUUGGAACUUCAAAAAUCAUUGUUAAACUUACGGUCCAGACGUAAUCAGUUAGGAAUAUUACAGUUACAGUUGGCUUCUACAGAGAGAGAACUUGUUAAAGAAAAAAAAGAGAAGGAAGCUUUAGAAGAAAAAGUCAAAGAAUCUGAAGCAAGAGUUAAAAAUUUCGAAAAUCAGAAUGAAGAAUUUCAGGUUUCUGUUAAGAAAAUGCUGAAUUUAGAAAAUGAAAUAUUAGAUCUUACAAAUAAAAUGACAUCACUUCAUCAAAUAUUGGAGGAGAAAAAUAAAACAAUAGAAGAUAUACAUGAAAAUAAAAAGAAAUUAGAAGAGACUAUAAAGCAGAUGAAGGAAGAAAUGGAAGAAAAUAUGAGAAAAAAGGAAACUGAAAAACACUUUGAGUUAGAAAAAUGUCGUGAAGCUUAUCUUCAACUUCAUCAGGAUAGUAGUGAAAAAAUGCGCAAUGAAAUAUUGAAAGGUGUUCAAAUUGAUCAAGAACUUAUAUGCAAAGAAUAUGAAGAGAAAAUAAAAUUGCAAAAGGAUGAAAUAACACAAUUAACUGAGUCAUUAGUUGAAGUUAAAGAACUUUUCAUUAAGUUAUGUGAUGAAAAAAGCCAUUUUGAAAAUCAAAUAAAAAUUUUAAAUGAAGAAAGAGAAAUUUUUAAAAAUGAAUUUGAAUCUAAACUGUUUGAAAAGUAUCAGGAAGAAAAGAAAGAACUUGAACAUCACUUACAUAUGCAAUAUGAAGAAAAUCUCCAAAAUGAAAGGAAUAAAUUGAUAAUUGCUAUUACCAAACAAACUGAAAGUAAAUUUGAAGAGGAAAGAAAUCAGUUAUUAGAACAGAUGAAAAUACAGAAAAUCCAACAAAUGGAAAAUAUUGUACAGAAAAUAAAGAUGGACUGUUUUCAAGAAUUAAUUGAAUUUAGUGAGAGAGGCGAUAACAUUAAAGGAGAAACUGCUAUAGAAGACUUAUAUAUCAAAAUAAUAAAUCAUUAUGAGAAUGAUAAACAGAAAUCAUUAAAUGAACUACGUGCAGAAUUAGAAAAAAAAUAUGGUGAUAAAAUAAAAUUAAUUGAAAAAGAAUAUUCUCAAAAUAUGGAAAAAUUAAGACAAAAAUAUUUACAAGAAUUAGAAGAAGCAAUAUCUAAUACUAAGAAAAUAUGUCAUAAACAAAAGAAUGAAGAAACGAUGCAGCAUAUAGCUGAAAUUCAAAACUCAAAACAAGAGAUUAAAAGAUUAGAACAACAAAUUGAAACUCUAAAGUCAUCCUCUUUGAUGAGAUUAGAUGAGAACAAACUUAAUAAGAAGAUAAGUACUUUGACUAAACCGAUACAACAAGAACUUCAAGAGAACCAAGUAUUUUCAAGUACUGAAUUCAAAAAUGAAAUGAAUAAAUUAACUGUAGACUUAAAAGUAUCAAAGCAAGAAUUAGAAGAAGUUCAAGAAAGAGAAAACAAGCUGAGGGAAAAAUUAAGAAAGUAUCAGAAACACAUACAAGCAUUAAAUAAAAAGCACACCGAUGAGAUAGCAAGAUUGACUGAAGAAUUUCAUUCCAUUGUGGAUAAUUUGAAGGGAAAGAUGUUAAAUUUUCAGGAAGAAGAAAUUUUGAAAACUGAAAAAAAAAUUACAGAUCUAAAGAAAACUCAUGAAAGGGAGCUUCAAGAAGUAAAAAAUAGCAUCCUAAAUAAUGUGAAGAAAGAAAACAUUUCUACUCAGACCUUUGAAAGAUACAUUCCUGCAAGUGAUGUAAAAACAUGGAAUGAGAAAGUUAUUACAGAUUUAAGAAAGCUUUUUGAAAGGAAUAAAUUGAUAAUUGCUAUUACCAAACAAACUGAAAGUAAAUUUGAAGAGGAAAGAAAUCAGUUAUUAGAACAGAUGAAAAUACAGAAAAUCCAACAAAUGGAAAAUAUUGUACAGAAAAUAAAGAUGGACUGUUUUCAAGAAUUAAUUGAAUUUAGUGAGAGAGGCGAUAACAUUAAAGGAGAAACUGCUAUAGAAGACUUAUAUAUCAAAAUAAUAAAUCAUUAUGAGAAUGAUAAACAGAAAUCAUUAAAUGAACUACGUGCAGAAUUAGAAAAAAAAUAUGGUGAUAAAAUAAAAUUAAUUGAAAAAGAAUAUUCUCAAAAUAUGGAAAAAUUAAGACAAAAAUAUUUACAAGAAUUAGAAGAAGCAAUAUCUAAUACUAAGAAAAUAUGUCAUAAACAAAAGAAUGAAGAAACGAUGCAGCAUAUAGCUGAAAUUCAAAACUCAAAACAAGAGAUUAAAAGAUUAGAACAACAAAUUGAAACUCUAAAGUCAUCCUCUUUGAUGAGAUUAGAUGAGAACAAACUUAAUAAGAAGAUAAGUACUUUGACUAAACCGAUACAACAAGAACUUCAAGAGAACCAAGUAUUUUCAAGUACUGAAUUCAAAAAUGAAAUGAAUAAAUUAACUGUAGAUUUAAAAGUAUCAAAGCAAGAAUUAGAAGAAGUUCAAGAAAGAGAAAACAAGCUGAGGGAAAAAUUAAGAAAGUAUCAGAAACACAUACAAGCAUUAAAUAAAAAGCACACCGAUGAGAUAGCAAGAUUGACUGAAGAAUUUCAUUCCAUUGUGGAUAAUUUGAAGGGAAAGAUGUUAAAUUUUCAGGAAGAAGAAAUUUUGAAAACUGAAAAAAAAAUUACAGAUCUAAAGAAAACUCAUGAAAGGGAGCUUCAAGAAGUAAAAAAUAGCAUCCUAAAUAAUGUGAAGAAAGAAAACAUUUCUACUCAGACCUUUGAAAGAUACAUUCCUGCAAGUGAUGUAAAAACAUGGAAUGAGAAAGUUAUUACAGAUUUAAGAAAGCUUUUUGGGAAAGUGAAUAAUUCACUAGUGGCAACGGAAGAAUUUUCAAAGAGAGUAACCAAACAGGCCCUUCUGGUUUACCAUAAAAAGUUACAAGACAUUUACUCCACCGCAAAAAGAAAAGAAAUGAUACCGGAAGAAAAUUCUUUUUUCGUCUUCACUGCCGAAAAAGAGGGAGAGUCGCGAGGUCAAAGUAAAGGUUCGAUUACUUCUAAUUUAGAAAAUAAAUUUUUCGACGAAGCCGUCGACACUAAAAGCCACUUAAGAAAUGCAGAACCUCAUCUGGAGAUGGUUAAACGAACGGAGAACGUAACGAAUGGAGGAACGUUACUUCCUAACGAUUCUCCUUCGUUUCAGUCCGUUUCCUCCUCCGUCACGCAUUCGAUUUCGGUGGGAAGCGAACCUCGUUCCCUUUCUCCGUCCCGAUAUGGCGGAACGGAAACGUUAACUCGUUUGAUCCCUUCGACGGAAGUCGAGAAACUUGACGAAAGGAGAGACUAUCUCUUCCGUAAAAUGUCGGCCGAACAGCCUUUCUCCGACUUUUAGAAUAGAGAUUUUACUUUUAAUUCGUGUACAAAUCUAUUUUUUAUGUAUAAUACGAAGUUUACGCGCUUCUCGGUUACAUCUAAUGUAUGCUUGUCGGUAGGAAAUAGUUCUAAUUGUUAAACGCACAAGUCCGUUCGUUGUCUAUAGUUAUAAAACUACUUAAUACGAGUAAAUAAAUUUUUGUUUUAUAAAAAAUAAUGAAUUUGUUUUGUUUGGUCGAGUUUAUAGUUUCGAUUUGCGAUUUAAUUAGCUUCAGUUUUCCCGUAUAAUAUAAUAUAUCAUAAGUUAAUUUUAAAUAUUCAUUUUAUGUAGUCUCUUGCAAUUA